CUUAGCUCUCAAACUUUGGGUUUCUGAUUGUGUUCAAUAUUUUAUUUUUAUAAAAAUUGAUAGAAAUUGUGUAAAAUUUUAAGCUAGGUCACAUUUAUCAUGACAUGCUGAUUCAGAUCAUAAAUAAAUCCAAGUACUUUAAAAAGUUUGCGUAAAUGAAUUUAAGUGUAUUCUUGAUUGAAUAGAAAUCAUGCCAGUUGAACCAGUUUUCUUUCCAUGAUCAAAACUUAGAGACAAAUAAUUUGUCGAAAUGGCUUCAACAAGUAAUCAGAGUAAUGUUUAUUAUGAAGACAUUCCACCUGGGACCCUCAACGAGGAGGAGUUCUUUUGCACAGAGCGUAUUGUCCCUAGGAAAAUAAAACCCCAAAACAUUGUUGUGAGAUUAAUGGAAAGAGAAAUAUAUGGAUCGAAAAAGCCAGGUUCGCAUUUCCAUGUGGUGCGAGAGUUCUACCAGAAUAUAUUUCCUAAUUUGACAAUAGUGAACGUUGAAAAACCUCCAUGUUUCCUAAGGAAAUUCAGUCCGGAUGGAAAGCAUUUUAUUGCCUUUUCUGCUGAUCAAACUUCCUUAGAGAUAUAUGAAUACAGAGGAGCUGCAGCAGCUGGAGACCUUGUUGCGGGCUAUCCUUCAGAUUUGUUGAAUGCUGAUGCUGACAUACAUUACCGGAUCAGAACCCAUAUUUUCUACCGUUUUUUCAAACCAAAAUAUACAGUGAAUGUAUGUCAGCAACGUGAAGUACCAAGAAAUGAGCGAAACUCUAAUCAUAUGCCACCAAUGGAGCAGCAGCUCAACAGAGAAUGCAGCCUGUUCACUGAGGAUGGCCGGUAUGUCAUAGUGGGCUCUGCGGCGCACAUCCCUGAUGACCUCAGACCACACUUCUAUCACAUACACAGCAACAAUGAGGCUGUUACGCCUACUAUGAGGUCAGCAUUGGAAGAUUAUUCCCUCCAUCUGGUGGAUUUGCACCAGGGCAAGUUAUGUGAUACAAAACAUUUUAGGAUUGAUAAAAUCUAUCUCUCUCAUAACCAAGGCAUCUACCUGUACAAGGAAGUGCUGGCGGUGCUUUCCGUCCAACAUCAGACAAUACAUUUAUUCCAAAUUGUUGAUGGAAUGUUGAUUGAGAUGAGGAAAAUAGGCAGAUUCUGUUAUGAUGACGACCCAUUUAUUGUUAGUUCAGUGUUUGCACCACUUUUACACGAAAGACCCUUCCAUGAAGAGACAAUAAAUAGUUUGAAACACAGACUGCUUGUUUUCCUAUUCAAAAGAGCAAAGACGAUUAGCGACGAGAGCAGAGAUCCCCUUGAACUAAGGAAAUUUUAUAAAUACUUUGACAUGUUCAGGAGUCUGAGAAUGUGGAAGAUGCAACUGCUUGAUGAAGACCAUCUCUUUAUUAAGUAUGCAAGUGAAGAAGUAGUCACGUUGAGAGUGGCCGAACCGAACAGCCAGUCAUCAUUCUUUGUGAUAUACAACAUUAGUGAGAGUAAAAUUUUGGAAGUAUAUGAAAACACUUCUGAAGGGUUGUUACAACUGUUUGAAAAUUACUGUGAUUGUUUUAGAAAUGCCAGACUGUGCGCUGAUUCACAAUUUACGUGCUCGCCGUCUAACAAUCUGUAUGCUCGCAUGACACAGCAGAGGUUCAAGCAGACAAUUGUAAGAGCUAUAUACGGCGGGCGCACAGAGGCUACUAAAAGAAUAUUGGCUCAGUUACCCAUAAGUGCCCAAUCAUAUAGCGGUUCUCCAUAUUUAGACUUGGGUCUUUUUAGUUAUGACGAUAAAUGGGUCUCUGUGAUGGAAAGGCCCAAAGCUUAUGGUGAAUAUCCUAUUAGGUUUUACGCUCGGGAUUCGGGUCUAUUGAAGUUCAAGAUCUACGCCGGCGUGCUGGGCCAGUCGGUGCCCGCGAGCGCGCGGCGGCUGGUCGCGUUCACCUUCCACCCCACCGACCCCUUCGCCAUCAGCGUGCAGCGAACUAACUCAGAGUACAUUGUCAAUUUUCACAUAAGGAACGCUGUGUACAGCUGAUGUUUCAAAAGAAUACUGCUUUAUUGCAGAAGAUCCUAGGGAACAUAUUUUCUAUUACGUGCAGAAUAUGUAGGAUUGUUUCAGCCUCUUAGAGAUCGAGCAUGCAGGCAUAUUUGCGCGUUACAUACUUGGUAUAAAAAGACGACGCGAUAAAUCCUUACUCAUUUUGAUAACGCAUCUUUCCAAAAGGGAUAAAAUAGGUACACAAUUUUCUUCCUAAGAGUAAUAGGACUGUAGUAAUAGGCUUCUAAAAUUGGUUGCUAUACAAUGAAUCGAAAAGAUAUUUGUCACGAUAGGUGUAAUUUAAAAAAAUGUAUAGUAAAUAAGUAAAAAUAUAUUGAAACAAAAUCGGUCCUUCGGCCGGUAAAAUCAACGACUUAUAAAUAAACAUAAAAUCUAACGCCUAUGCGGUUUGUCGAUCUUACGUACAAAAACUGAUAUCAACCAUUUUGAAUUGCACACAGAUUAAGAUCGGUGCCAUAUUUUUGUGUGCAUCUUAUCAAUUUUAAGACGGCUGUCUGACAAAAAGUGAUAUGUUGAACGCAUGGCAGUCGGGUUUCCUUCCAUUAAAACGUUUAUUUUCAAUGUGGUGUAAAAUAAUAAGAGAAUGUGUAUAUAUCUGACGAGUUACUACUAUGUAGUAAAUUGUAUUGACGUUAGUUUUAUACUAUAGGCAAGGGCACAGAAUAGGCUAUUACACUCUUUUUUGAAAACUGUUUUAAAUCAAUCCUGAGACUGUGUUAUACCUAUAGAAUUUUUAUUAAAAUUUUUUGAAGCCGAAAAGUGCUCUAAAAACGAUUUAUUAUUUAUGAUUUUGUAUUUUCGCGCGAAAACGCCAUCCGCCAUGCUGGUUUGACUCGUGACGUCAUACUUUUAGUAAACAAUACAAAAAAUAGGUUAUGUUGGAUUGGUUGUGUAAUAAUUUACCUAUUAUAAUUGUGUAUUGUAAGAGAAUGUUUAAUACAAUAAAUACUUACAUCGCUGUUUUAACAUUUCUUAAUUCAGCAGAACAGAAAUCGGGAUUGGACGCAAAAAAUUUCGCCACCAUCAACGUAUUAAUCCUCGGUAGAUUUAUAUUGUCUGCUUUUACAAAACCGUCUUCCAUGAUUCUAUUAAAUUAUUAAAGAGUAAAAACCCAAAAAUGUGAUAGAAAUUUUAAAAUUUCAAAAUAAACAGAGCCUGACAUCAUCAAUAUGUUUUCGAUUCGAUAUUUGUUUACUAAAAGUAUGACGUCACGUCAGUACCCAACAUGGCGGAUAGCGUUUUCGACUUUUGAAGAACAGAUUAAAAAAGAGGAUUUUUUAAAUUGAAUUAUAAAAUCCAUAUUGCACUUUUAUGAAUAAUGAUCGAUGUUUUUCUUUUAUUUUUUACAAAAUCUAUAAGAUACGUGCAUUUUUAUAUUUUUUUUUACAUGGUGUAAAAUAGCCUAUUAUUAAAAUAUGGGGAGCUUGGUUAAUAAACGCAAAAUAAACUGCCUGAUUAAUGUCAA